AUGUCGAAACAGUGGGCUGAUUCCAAAGAUGGUGCAUUUAAAAGACAAGUAUCAUCUUUUAGAGAAGUUAUCUCAAAAACUCAUCCAAUUUACAAACCUGCAGCCAACAGAUACUGGCUAUAUGUAUCGUUAGCAUGUCCAUGGGCUCAUCGGACUUUAUUGACAAGAUCUUUAAAACAUUUAAACACAGUCAUUGGUGUUGUGGUUGUACAUUGGCAUUUAGAUUCAAAAGGCUGGAGAUUUUUACGUUAUCCAACUGAUAAAUCAUCUAUCGAUGAAAAUAUUUAUCAUACUGUAUCUGGUGGUAUUGAUAAUACUCAAAGUAUUACUAUGAAGCCAUUUGCAUCAAUUCCAAAUGAUUCGGAUAGAUUAUGGAUUGAUGGUACACCAGAUCCAUUGAAUCAAUUUCAAAGAUUAAGUGAUUUAUAUUUAAAGAGUAACCCAAAUUAUUCUGAUAGAUUUACCGUUCCUGUGCUAUGGGAUUCUGAAACAAAUACAAUUGUUAAUAAUGAGAGUAGUGAAAUUAUUAGAAUUUUAAACAGUGGUGUAUUUGAUGAAUUUAUUAAAGAUUCAACAACAUCCUCAACUGAAAUUAUUAAUUUAGUACCAAAAGAAUUAGAAUCACAAAUUGAUGAGUUUAAUUCAUGGGUAUAUGAUAAUAUUAAUAAUGGUGUUUAUAAAGCAGGUUUUGCAGAAUCUGCAAUUGCUUAUGAAAAAGAAGUUAAAAAUGUUUUUCAACAUUUAGAUCGUGUUGAACAAUUACUAAAGAGUAAACAUCAAGCUUUAGAGAAAAAAUUUGGACCAGAUUCAAAAGAAAUUUUAAAACAUUAUUUUGUUUUAAAUAAUCAAUUAACUGAAGCAGAUGUUAGACUUUAUACAACAAUUGUUAGAUUUGAUCCAGUGUAUGUUCAACAUUUUAAAUGUAAUUUAACUACAAUUAGAGACGGCUAUCCUUACAUUCAUUUAUGGUUACGUAACUUGUAUUGGAAUAAUGAUUCAUUCAGACUAACAACUAAUUUCAAUCACAUUAAAUUACAUUACACCCGCUCUCACACAAGGAUUAACCCAUUAGGUUUAACUCCUUUGGGUCCAAAUCCUCAUAUUUUACCUCUAUAA